GAGAGGACCCGAGAGCGGACGCCAGCGAGGGGAACACCAGUGGCUGUAACCUCAUUGGCUCCUGGAGACCGGAAGUGCAUUCGUCGGCGGAAGUGCUCCUCCUGCGCGUGCCUGCCAGGCUGGGGCCCUCAGCCAUCUUCACCUGCAGGUGAAUUGAAUUUUGAGCCUCUUGUAGAACUAAUGAACAAUUUCGCCAUCCUCGAUUUAUGGCUCUUGGAACUUCAAGAUUUGGAUGUUUAUGCAAUUUGAGACCAGUCAGCACUGUGCGGAGUUCAGAGUACUAAGAGACAGAUUAAAAUGGCUUCCAGAGGAAAGACAGAAACAAGCAAAUUAAAGCAGAAUUUAGAAGAACAGUUGGAUAGACUAAUGCAGCAAUUACAGGAUCUGGAGGAAUGCAGAGAGGAGCUUGAUGCAGAUGAGUAUGAAGAAACCAAGAAGGAAACUCUGGAGCAACUAAGUGAAUUUAAUGAUUCACUGAAGAAAAUUAUGUCUGGGAAUAUGACUUUGGUAGAUGAACUAAGUGGGAUGCAACUGGCUAUCCAGGCAGCUAUUAGCCAGGCCUUUAAAACCCCAGAGGUCAUCAGAUUAUUUGCAAAGAAACAACCAGGUCAGCUUCGGACACGGUUAGCAGAGAUGGAUAGAGAUCUCAUGGUAGGCAAGCUGGAAAGAGACCUGUACACUCAACAGAAAGUGGAGAUACUAACAGCUCUCAGGAAACUAGGAGAGAAGCUAACUGCAGAUGAUGAAGCUUUCUUGUCAGCAAAUGCAGGUGCUAUACUCAGCCAGUUUGAGAAAGUCUCUGCAGACCUUGGCUCUGGAGACAAAGUUCUUGCUUUGGCAAGUUUUGAAGUUGAAAAAACAAAAAAAUAACAUGGUGUGGAAGCUUGGACACUGAUCACAUUCUUGGUGUACACGGUGUUCUGGGGAUUUUGAGUCAUUGCAAAGAAAUGAAGAGAUGCUUGAAAUGCACUACUAACCUAAGGAAAGGUGAUAGAAAAACAUACUCAUUGCUUCUGUUUAUGCCCUUCAAUGCUGUGCUUUGUGUAGUGCUACCUGCUUGAGUGAUCCUGGAUUUGUUGGGAUGAGGGGACUCACUGGACCUUAUUCAUUAUGAUUUGUAAUUUUAAGAGAGAACAGAGAACAGUUUCUUUGCCUGUUUUUAUUAAGACUCCUUGUUUUCAAGUGCUGAUAGUAAAUGAAACGAUGUGAACUAAUAA